CAAUAUUCUUUCUUAAGUAAUUGCAUUUUUCCGGCUGGCUUUGACGACGAUGCAACAACAUUAGUCUAAAACGGCACCGAACUACCUACGAACGGCCAAAAGCGCAGCCACAAAAUUGGGUCCCUAAAGACGCUAUGCUAUUAGUGUCAUGGCAUGGAUUGUAUAUAGUAAUCGCGAGCGCUGUCCUCCUGUGGCCCACGAGGCACGCGCUGGCCGACGAGGAUAGCUUGACAAGUUCUCAGCAGGCGGGACGCGCACUCUUACAGGACACGGUUACGGACCAGGGGACUUCUGCAACCUUUAGCUCGCAGGACUUCAUUCUCCUAAAUGGCUUCCUCAUUUUCUUCAUGCAAAUUGGUUUCGUGGCGGCGGAAACUGGGCAGGGCCGCGCGAAGAACGUCCGCAAUAUCCUGCUCAAGAAUCUGGUGAACAUUAUGCUGUGUGCGCUGUGCUGGUGGGCGGUGGGGUAUGCUUUCGCGUACGGCAAGUCGGCGGGAGGAAUACUGGGCGUGUCCCACUUCUUCAGCGACGGCGAGGACCCCGGCUCCAAGCCCUGGUUCUUCACCUGGACCUUCUGCCUCUCCUCCGUCACCAUCGCCUCGGGCUGCCUGGCGGAGCGCACGCACCUCUUCGUAUACCCGGCGUACACGGCGCUCCUGAGCACGCUAGUUCACCCGGUGGUAGCUCACUGGGUUUGGGCGCCCGACUCGUGGCUGAACUCCGCCUCGGGGGGGGCGCUGGGGGAGUGCCGCUUCCUGGACUUCGCGGGCGGGGCGGUGGUGCAUGUCGUGGGCGGUCUGACGGGGCUGAUCGGCGCCGCGCUGUGCGGUCCGCGCAUGGGCCGCUUCGAGGACGGGGUGCUGAAGGAGCUGCCCGGACACGACGUGUCGUCCGUCAGCCUGGGCAGCCUCAUGCUGUGGUUCGGGUGGUUCGGCUUCAAUUGCGGCUCCACCUACAUCUACAUGGCGGACGGCGGCUCGCUCGCCUCCGCCGCCGUGAGCCGCGUGGCGCUCAACAUGACACUGUGCGCCUCGGCGGCCGGGGUGACGGCGCUGGUGGUGGCCAGUCUGCAGUCGGCAGGUACCUUUGACCUCGCCAUCUGCUGCAACGGCCUCAUGUCCGGACUCUCCGCCUCCACCGCCAACGUGGGCUUCUUCACGCCCUGGGCCGCCGUCAUCACGGGUACCCUGGCGGGCCUGCUCUACGUCGCCUCCUCGCGCCUGCUGCUGCGAGCGGGUAUCGACGACCCGCUUGACAGCUCCGCCAUCCACGCGGGGUCGGGGCUGCUGGGGCUGGUGCUCAGCGGCUUCCUGGCGCGGCCGGCGUACGUGGAGGCGAUGCUGGGGCGGAGCUGCGGGGGGGUGGUGUACGGACAGAACGGGGGCGUGCAGCUGGGCAUGCAGCUGCUGGGCCUGACCGUCACCCUCGCCUGGACGGGUGUGUGGGCGCUUGCCGCCUUCUCCCUGCUGAAGCGGCUGCAGCUGCUGCGGGUGGACCAGGUGACGGAGCUGGCGGGGAUAGACAACAUGGAGCACGGGGGCCCCGCGUACCCGGAGUUCCUGCAGAGGGCCACGCAGAACAGCAG